AUGACGUUGAUGGUGGAUGUCACCAUGAACAGGCAAGGAAGACGUGUGCUUUUCAAGCACGGAUCGGUGCUGAAAACGGUCGUGCUGGCACUGCUGAUCGCACUGAUCGUUUUGCCGCUUCUCAGAACAGUCCUGUUCACAUUGCAGCCUGACACCAUCAAGGCGUGGUCGGACGUACUGACGGGACGCCUGUCGACCAACCUGUUCUACAAACCACUCGGCAACACGCUUCUGAUCGGCGUUGUGGUGGCAACGGGGUGUGUAUUUCUCGGCGGUUUUCUUGCCUGGCUCGUCGUCAUGACCAACGUGCCGUUCCGCAAGACGAUCGGCGUCAUGGCCACGCUGCCGUUCAUGAUUCCGUCCUUCGCGGCGGCUCUGGCCUGGGGGGCGCUCUUCCGCAAUGACCGGGUAGGAGGUCAGGUUGGCUGGCUCCAGGGCAUGGGCCUCGAUGUUCCGGACUGGUUGGCCUGGGGCAUAACGCCGACACUGAUCGUUUUGACGCUUCACUAUUUCAGCCUUGCGUUCACGAUCAUCGCCGCAGCACUUGCCACCGUGAACUCCGACCUUGUCGAAGCCGCACAGAUUGCAGGUGCCAAAGGAGGCCGGAUCCUGAUGGGCAUUAUUCUGCCGGUCACGACACCUGCCCUGGUCGCUGCCGGGUCGCUUUGCUUCGCCGGUGCGGUUUCGAACUUCGCGACCCCGGCGCUGCUUGGUUUGCCUGUUCGAAUGCAAACCUUGUCGACACGCCUGUUCGGCAUGAUCGAGGUCGGCCAAGUUGGACGUGGUUAUGUCAUCGGCAUUCUGCUCGUGCUCAUUUCCGGAGCCUUCCUCUGGGCAGGGAACCGGAUUGUGUCGGGGCGCAGGUCCUACGCUACAAUUACUGGCAAGGGAGGCCGCGCAAAACGUUUGGACCUGCGUGGUGCGCGUUGGCCGCUCUGCGCAUUGGCAAUGGUGGUUCUGGUCAGCUCCACCGUUCUGCCGGUCGUCAUUUUGUCCGCUUCAAGCUUCGCGCCAUCGUCCGCAAAUCUGUUUUCGAACUGGACGCUGCACUACUGGGUCGGUCUCAGCAGUCAGUCAAUCGCACAGGGCAUUCCCGGCAUUGUUCACAACGAAGAUAUCGUGCGUGCGCUAUCCGUCACCUUGGCCCUUGGGCUGGCCGUGGCACUUGCGGGCAUGUUCGUGGGGAUCUUGACGUCCUACACCACGGCGCGGUUUCGCAAAGGCUGGAUGUCGGCUGUCAUCACACAAGUCAGCUUUCUUCCGCUGCUGGUGCCCGGGAUCGCAUUUGGUGCUGCAUAUAUCGCCUAUCUGGGUGCCCCCAUCGGGCCGUUUCCGGCGCUCUAUGGAACUUUCGCGCUGCUCGUCAUCGCAGGGACUGCGUAUCUGCUGCCAUUUUCUGUGCAGACAGGGCGUGCCGUCAUCCAGCAAGUUGGCGGCGAACUGGAAGAAAGCGCGCGCCUUACCGGCGCAAGCUUUGCCCGCAGGUUGUCUGCCAUCACUGUACCGCUCGCGAUACGCGGCCUGACGGCAGGUGGCAUUCUGAUCUUCGUGAAAAUUAUCCGUGACCUGUCGCUGGUCGUUCUGCUCUUCACGCCAACGAUGCCGGUGUUGUCCGUUCUGGCCUAUCGCUAUGCGUCUGAAGGGUUCGGACAAUUUGCCAACGCGAUCACUGUCGUCAUCCUGUUCAUCUCUAUCGCAGCCUCGCUGAUCGCAAACUGGCUACAGGCCAGAUCGCAGCCCUGGCUGAAAAACUGA